AUGGAUAAUAUGCUGCAAAUGAAAAUCCUCGGGAUAGACACGAGGAGUCUUCACGUUCCCACGGGAAUACAAAAGUUGGUGAUCGAUACGAAAUUUCACAUACAGCAAGUACGGAACGCAGCAGCUAACGAUUAUCAGCUUCCUGUGCGUGUGUACAAAACCUUCGACGCGGUAGUAUCCGGCGGUGUAGAAAUUCGCGGAAUCAAGGCUACUUCCAUAUUUCGCCGAAAAACAGCGGGGGAGCCCGUUCUCGAAGAAUACAGAUCCAUAGCUCAUCGCGACGGAGCCGAGGUUUCUCUACAAGAAGCCGUGAUGCUGUCGACGCAUCUCGCUCUGGAGUAUCAUCAAGUGAUAAAAGUAAAUAUUAUCGAAUUGAUCGAAGAUGAUGACAAAGUAGAAGCAAAUGAAAUAGCAUCACCACUGUUUAUCGAUAUCUUGGGUGAUCUACCGUUGCUUCAACCAAACAUUACUCUGGUAACCAGAACCGAUCGCUUCGAUUGCGUUACUCUUCCUUCGAAAAUCACAGUCUCGCAAUCGAAGAAGUUGUCGAAUGACGAUAAGACAAUAUUAAUCAUAGGAUACGAUUUGUUCACGAAGAAUAAGAGCAAAACCUUAAAAGAAAUUUUGCCGGCGUUACAAAACAAUGGAUUCUUAUUGACACGAGAACAGUCCUUCACGAAAGAUGACAUUGCGACUGCCGAAAAGUACGAUUUAGCAGUAGUACUUGAGAAACGCUCGCAGAAAGAGCACUUUAUACUGUUAAAGAAGACAGAACAGUCGACGAGGAAAACUAAAGUUAUUCACGUGAACAAUUACGAGUUCUCUUGGUUAGAGCAGCUUAAAUCGAUCUUGAACGCGGAGAACGAGUCAAGAAACGCUGCAAAAAUAAUUUUAGUCAGCGAGAAAGAUUCGGAAUGCGGCUUGUUGGGCCUCGUCAAUUGCUUGAGAAGAGAACCAGGCGGCGAAUUGAUUAGAGGAGUGUUUAUUCAAGACGAAACUGCACCGGAGUUUUCUUUGCACGAGCCAUUAUACGCGGAGCAACUUCGGAUCGAUCUUAUUAUAAAUGUCUUGCGUCCGGGUAAAACAUGGGGUUCAUACAGACAUCUUCCGUUAGCGCCGCUGACACCGAAGCUCGUAUACCACGCAUUUGCCAAUCAAUUGGUGAGCGGUGAUUUGAGUUCAUUUCGCUGGAUCGAAGGUGCGAUUACGCCGCAUUAUAAGGAGAAUAAUCUCGUUCACAUAGCUUACUCGUCUAUCAAUUUCAAAGAUGUAAUGAUAGCGUCCGGCAAACUUGUAAUAGAUGGUUUCUACUUAACGCGCGGACGACUCGAGGAUUGUAUGGUGGGUAUGGAAUAUGUCGGCGUCGAUAAUACUGGACAAAGAGUGAUGGGAAUUUGGGAAAACAGAUCCAUAUCAAAUAUGUGCAUAUCCUACAAAGACAUGUGCUGGAACGUUCCCGAUGAGUGGAGCAUGGAGGACGCUGCAACGGUUCCAUGCGCUUACAGCACGUGCUGUUACGGAUUAAUCGUCAAAGCGAAUAUGAAAAAGAGCGACACGGUACUCAUCCACUCCGGUACCGGUGCCGUGGGACAAGCUGCAAUUCAUCUUGCGCAUCACAAAGGUUGCGAGAUAUUCACCACCGUUGGCACUCCGGAAAAGCGAAAGUUUAUCAGAGACACGUUCCCGUUCAUCCCAGAGAAUCACAUUGGAAAUUCGCGCGACAACAGUUUUGAGCAAAUGAUACUUAGUCAGACCAACGGCCGUGGCGUGGACAUUGUAUUGAACUCGCUUGCCGAAGAAAAACUCCAGACGUCCAUCCGUUGCCUCGCGAAGGGCGGGCGUUUUCUGGAAAUCGGCAAAUUCGAUUUUAUGGCCAAUAAUUUGUUGAAUCUGUCCAUCCUUUCGAAAGGAAUUUCAUUUUACAGCGUUAUGUUGGAUAAUAUGUUCACAGCUCCGGAAAAACUAAAAGAACAAUUGCACAAGGUAGUGACCAUAAAUCUUGCGAAUAAAGCUAUUCAACCGAUUGCCAGGAAGAUUUUCGAAAAGGAUGAAGUGGAAGCUGCAUUCAGAUACAUGGCAGCUGGAAAGCAUAUAGGAAAGAUAAUCAUAAAAAUGCACAAAGAAAAUGAAUCUAUGAGCGCACCCAUUCUUGCACUUCCACGUUAUUACUGUCUAUCAAAUAAAUCGUACAUCAUCUUAGGCGGGUUGGGUGGCUUCGGCUUAGAAUUAGCCGACUGGCUGGUUGUUCGUGGCGCUCAGAAUCUGGUGUUCAUCUCGCGUGCCGGAGUAAAAAACGGAUAUCAGCAGAUGAAAAUCGAUCUAUGGAAAUCUUAUGGAGUGAAAGUGUUAAUCAUAUCGGACGUCGACGUAUCGGACGUCAAAGAUUGCGAAUAUAUGCUGAAAUCGGCGGAAAAAUUGGCGCCGGUGGACGCUAUAUUCAACCUGGCUGUGAUAUUGAAUGAUAAAAUUUGUCCGAAUCAAACUGUAGAGACGUUCCAAGAGCCCUUCAAAGCGAAAGCUUGGGCCACGAAAAACUUGGAUCAUUUGACCAGAAAAAUAUGUCCGCAGCUUCGUCACUUUGUUGUGUUCUCUUCGGUAUCUUGCGGCAGAGGAAAUGCCGGACAGACCAAUUACGGCAUGGCAAAUUCCAUCAUGGAAAGAAUUUGCGAGAAAAGAGUGCAAGAGGGUCUGCACGGACUAGCGAUUCAAUGGGGUGCGGUCGGCGAUGUCGGCCUCGUGGCUGAUAUGCAAGACAACGACAAAGAAAUGGUUAUCGGCGGCACUUUGCAGCAAAAGAUAACUUCCUGCAUCUCGAAACUCGAGGACUUUUUGUUACAAAAACAGCCUAUAGUGGCGAGCAUGGUUGUAGCCGAGAAGCGGUUGAUCACUUAUGGCGCAUCCAGUAUUGUAGAAACUGUGGCCAAUAUUAUGAAUCUGAAGGACAUGAGUACCGUGGCUCAUCACAUGCCUUUGUCCGAGCUUGGAAUGGACUCGAUGAUGGCCGUGGAAAUUAAACAAACCUUGGAAAGGGAGUAUGAGAUUUUCCUUACCGCGCAGGAUAUUCGCAAUCUCAAUUUCGCUAAGCUCGGCAAAAUGUUCGAAAAAGAUGUGAAGAACGACGAACUCACCGAGAUAACAGGAAUGAAAUUGCUCAUUCGCAUAUCAGGCGGAGAUCAAUUGAUACCCGAUGUUUGUAUAAAGCUUCCGACGAAAGAAAGCACGACGGAAAGCGAAAUAUUCCUAUUGCCAGGUAUAGAGGGUUGUGGAAACGUCUUUGAUUUGCUGGUGCCACAAAUCGAAGGUUCAGCAACGUGCCUGCAAUACAACACGUAUAACAUCGGCACAGACUUAACAUCAAUAAAAGAUAUCACUAAUAGCCUUUUACAGCACAUUUUGAGCAGAGAACAAAAAUUGCCACAAAAUUUUGUACUAGUCGGCUAUUCGUAUGGAUCGAUAAUUGCAAUUGAAUUAGCGCGGAAGUUCGAAGAAAUGAAUCUCAAAGGCCGAUUGAUUCUCAUCGAUGGAGCACCGGAGCACGUGAAGGCACUAGUUAAUGCAAAUUGUCCUUUCACUACGUUAGAUGAAUUCCAGAAUAAUAUUCUUUUGGGUAUAAUGGAUUUGUUUCAACCAGCAGUUAGUGGAAAGUUCCUGUGUGAGUUAAACAAAUGUACUAAUACUAAUUGGGACAAAAAAUUGGAAAUUUUCUUGAAACAUGCUUCUUCGGCUUAUUCACAAAUAAUGAUUAACAAAAGAAAAGCCUUGUGCACAACAAUGUACAAGCAUUUGAUCGGUCUUCAUGAAUACGAUGUGACACAAGUACCGAAGAUCGAAUCACCUAUAAUACUUCUAAAACCAACGACGUAUGCAUUACUUUUUCCUGAAGAAGACUAUGGUCUCCACAAGAUUACUAAAGGAAAGAUAGAAAUACACUAUGUUGAAGGCACUCACAUGACAAUAGUGGACAGUGAGAAGGUCGUUGCUGCAAUUAAUGGAGCAAUAAAUUCCAUCAAACCUAUUCAAAAGCAUGCAAAUAUAAUGAGUAAUAAUAAUAUGACAUUUGUUCAAAAUAUCCGUACUAGAACAUAGAA